AUGAAAAACUAUCUAUUGGACGUUUUGUUUGGAUCGAGAGAGCUGGACGACGAACUUCUCCUCUCAGUGCUCUUGUCAAUUGCUUUCCCGCCGGAACCAGCGGGCGAGGCAGUUGUGGGGACAGCGGCCGACAGCCAAGACACUGAUGUCUUCCAUUUUGACUCCGAUAGUGACUAUAUGCAACAACAGGAAAUGUCGCUGGCUAGCUCUGAAUCACCGUACAAGACAUUCACUCCUGGGUCAGCUGUGCGGGCAGCAGCCGAUAGCCAAUACAACGAUGUUAUCGGUUUUGAGUGCGAUAAUGACUACGUGCAAAAAGAAGUGUUGUUAACUGACCCCGAAUCGCAGUACGAGCCAUCUAGACCCGAGUUAAUUGUAAGGGCCGAAGCGGAUAGCCAGUACAACGAGGUCUUCGAUUUUGAAUACGGUGAUGAUUUUGUGGCGGAUAACCAGUACAACGAGGUCUUCGAUUUUGAACAUGGCGAUGAUUCUGGGCAACAAGAAGUGUUGAUAACUAGCGCCGAAUCGCAGUACGGGGUAUCUACCUCAGUUGUGAGGGCAGAAGCGGAUAGCCAGUACAACGGGGUUUUCGAUUUUGAACAUGGCGAUGAUCCUGGGCAACAAGAAGUGUUGAUAACUAGCGCCGAAUCGCAGUACGUGGUAUCUACAUCAGUUGUGAGUGCCGAAGCGGAUAGCCAGUACAACGAGGUCUUCGAUUUAGAAUAUGGUGAUGAUUUUGUGCAACAAGAAGUGUUGAUAACUAGCGCCGAAUCGCAGUACGGGGUAUCCACCUCAGUUGUGAGGGCAGAAGCGGAUAGCCAGUACAACGGGGUUUUCGAUUUUGAAUAUGAUAAUGAGUCCGUGCAACAACAGGAAAUCUCGUUGGCUAUCCCUGAAACGCAGUACAGGUUAUUUGCACAAGAGUACUCGAACCAUUCGAUGUCUUCUGACUCGAUGAUGAAUUUCGAAGUAAGUCGAUUUCGUUAUACGUUAUACGCUCUUAAUCGAGAUUAG